AUGAAUAUCAUAAUACCUAUGGGUGGAAUUGGAAAUCGUUUCAGUAAAGAAAACUAUCGUUUUCCUAAACCAUUGAUAAAUAUCGUUGGUCGUCCAAUGUUAUUUUGGUUAUUUGAUCAUUUGGAAACUGAAGAUGAUGAUAUUAUUUAUUUAGGAUUAUUAGAAAAUCUUGAUAAACAAUUUAAUUUAAGUCAAAGAUUGAAAAUUGAAUAUCCAGAGAAGAAAUUUGAAAAGAUUCUAUUAGAUUUUGAAACUCGUGGAGCAGUGGAAACUUUAUUUAUUGUUUUACAAUCAAUGAAUCCAGAUCGAUUAAAAUACAAAACAAUUUCAUUGGAUUGUGAUACAAUUUAUUUCGAAUCGAUUUUAAAGAAAUUUCGUGCAGUUUCAAAUGAAACCAAUGUUUCCUUUUACUUCGAAGAUCAUCAAGGUAAACCAAUUUAUUCGUAUUUAAACAUUGAUGAAAAUCUGAAAAUUAUUGAUGUACGAGAAAAAAUAAUGAUUUCGAAUCACGCCAAUACAGGUGCAUAUGGAUUUCGUUCUGGUCAAAUUCUCAAAGAUUAUGCAAUUCAAUUAUUAGAUGAAGCUGUUGGAUAUUCAGGAGAAUAUUAUACAACUAAUUUAAUGAAAUUGAUGUUACAGAAUAAUGAAGAUUUUCGAGGAAUUGAAAUCCAAAAAGAGAAUUUUAUUUGUGUUGGAACACCUGAUCAAUUAAAUGAAUUUUUAAAAUUAAUUAAAACAAAACGAUCUGAUCAAUUUCAAAUUCGUCAAAUGAGAUUUUGUUUCGAUUUAGACAAUACUUUAGUUUCUUAUCCAACUAUUUAUGGUGAUUAUAAUUCUGUUGAACCAAUUUAUGAAAAUAUUCAAUUAGUUAAAGAAUUAUAUGAAGCUGGUCAUCAUAUCAUCAUUCAAACAGCAAGAAGAAUGAAAACACAUCAGGGAAAUCUUGGCGCUGUUAUUGCUGAUAUUGGUCAUGUCACAUUGAAUACUUUACAAAAAUUUCAAAUUCCUUAUCAUGAAUUGUUUUUUGGGAAACCUUAUGCUGAUAUUUACAUUGAUGAUUCGGCUAUUCAUGCGUUAAUUGAUACGAGAAAAGAAAUUGGUUGGUUAAUUAAACAAUUCGAUGAACAAAAUUUGAAUGAAAAUAAGAAAAGAGUAAAAGGUUUUAUUUCAUCACGUGAUUUUCAUACAAUUGAACAAUUGGAUAAUUUAAUUAUAAAAAGUUCAACAUGUUCACAUUUACAAGGUGAAAUUUAUUUUUAUCAAAAUCUUCCUAAAGAUAUUGAAGAUUUAUUUCCCAAAUUUUAUCGAAUUGAAACCAAUGAACAAGCGGGAAUAACUUCAUUAGUUAUUGAGAAAAUUUCCGGAAUAACUUAUUCACAUUUAUUUACAAAUUUAUGUUUAACUCAAGGAAGAUUUCUCAAAUUAUUGAAUUCAUUGAAACGAAUUCAUUUUUCAAUUAAAACUCAUUUGAAAUCGAAUAUUUAUGCAAAUUAUUUCGAUAAAAUUCUUCUUCGUUAUCAACAAUACAAUGAAAUUUAUCUCAAUCUCGAUCAACAUUUUCAAAAUAAAAUUCUCAAUUCAAAAGAAUUUUUGCAAAUUUUUACAAAUUUUUUCAGUGAUUAUCAACAAUUUCAAUAUGGAAAAGGCAAUUCGAUCAUUCAUGGUGAUCCGGUGUUUAGUAAUAUUUUAUUAAAAUCCAAUAAUAAUUUAAUUUUCUUAGAUAUGAGAGGUUGUUUAGGCAAAGAAUUAAGUUUAGAAGGAGAUUUAAAUUAUGAUUUAGCCAAAGUUUAUCAAUCGUUAUCAGGUUAUGAUUUUAUUUUAUUAGAUAAACAAGAUUUAUUGAAAAAUCAAUCAAUUCAAUUGUAUAUUGAAGAUUUAAAAAAAGUUUUUCUCAAUUUUCUAUUAAAAGAAUAUUCGAAUGAAAAUUUCAAUUUCAAACAUAUUCAAAUAAUUACAUCACAUUUAUUUUUUACAUUAAUUCCUUUACAUAAUAAUUUUCAACAUCAAAUUCAAUUUUAUCAACUGGCUUUUCAACUUUAUCAACAAUAUCUACAAUAA